UUGUCCGAACCAAUCGCCUAUCGGGGAGACUGCGUGGCUGCUGCGUUCCGUAAAACGCAAAGAAGCCAAAAAGCAAGGGCAUUCGCAUUGACCAAAGCACCAAACGCUGCUCCUUUUCGAAAAACUUCAGUGCGCUUUUAUUUCCCCGCCGCUGUCACCGCUUUAAGGAGCACCAACAUCUAAUUAUUGAAAAUCCUAACGAACAGUUUAGUCGAACAGUGUAAAAGCGUGAAAAGAAAAGAAAGGAACGAAUAAAAUAAAAGAAAAACCGCUAAGCGAGUUCCGCAAAAUGAGUGGGGAUGUGGCUGCCGAAAAUAGCAUCCACAUACAAAAUGGUGGCAGCUGCGAGGUGGUUCAAUCCAACGGGGUGACCACCAAUGGACACGGACACCACCACCAUCAUCACCACAGCAGCAGCAGCAGCAGCAGCAGCAAGCAUAAAUCCUCCAGCAAGGACAAGCAUCGUGAUAGGGAGAGGGAGCACAAGAGCUCCAAUUCCUCCAGCUCGUCGAAGGAGCACAAGAGCAGCAGUCGCGACAAGGAUCGACACAAGAGCAGCAGUUCGUCGUCAAAGCAUCGGGACAAGGACAAGGAGCGCGAUGGCAGCAGCAACUCGCAUCGCAGCGGCUCAUCGUCCAGCCACAAGGAUAAGGAUGGGAGCAGCAGCAGCAAGCACAAGUCGUCGUCGGGCCACCACAAGAGGUCCUCGAAGGAUAAGGAGCGACGCGAUAAGGACAAGGAUCGCGGCAGCAGUUCAUCCAGUCGGCACAAGUCCUCGUCCAGCUCCCGUGACAAAGAGCGCAGCAGCAGCAGUCACAAGAGCAGCUCCUCUUCAUCCUCAUCGAAGAGCAAACAUUCCAGUUCGCGGCACAGCAGCUCAUCUUCCUCGAAAGACCAGCCAUCGUACGAUGGCGUAUUUGUUAAGCCGGAGCCCGUUUCCCAACAGCUGAUGCACUCGGGCUCGGUGGAUGCUUUCCAGAUGCAACAGCUCGGUAGCUACGAAGCCGCAGCCGCCGGCACCAAUUUUAAUGGCAAUGGAAACGUUGCCGGUGCCAACUAUAAGAACGGCUACGAGGAAUCGAUCGUAGACAUCAAGAAGGAGGAGGAGAGCUUUAACAAUCUGUCGCAAGCCAGCUCCUGUGACUACUCCAUGUCCCAGUUUCGUGCCGAUGAGCCGCCGUUUGUGGUGAAGCACGAGCAGAGCUACGCCGAAGAGGACAGCACCAUGAACUACAAUGAUCACGACGACGACGCCGACGAGAUGAACGACGACGAGGAGGAUGUGCCGCUGGCCAUGCGCAAGCGCAAACAGGAGGCAACCGAUCGUCCUGAUGGCGGCAUGGAUAACGACGAUGACGACGACAUUCCGCUGCUGGCGCGCAAGAAGGUUAAGAAGGAGAAGAUCAAGAAGGAGUCCAAGGAAAAGUCCAAGAAGCGGGUCAAGGAGGAGCCCAGCGAUGAUUACGGCAAUGUCAAGCCGAAAAAGAAAAAGAUGAAAAAGGAGCCCGAGCCUGCCGUAUCCCCCGGCAAACGACAGAAGGCAAAGGCCAAGGUGGAGGAGGAGGAGGUUUGGCGAUGGUGGGAGGAGGAGAAGCGUGCCGAUGGCGUCAAAUGGUCAACGCUGGAGCACAAGGGACCCGUGUUUGCACCGCGAUACGAACGGGUGCCACGCAAUGUACGGUUCUACUACGAUGGCAAGCCGUUGGAGCUCUCUGAGGAAACGGAGGAGGCAGCCACGUUCUAUGCCAAGAUGCUGAACCACGACUACUGCACCAAGGAAGUGUUCAAUAACAACUUCUUCAAGGACUUCCGCAAGUCCAUGACGCCCAGAGAGAGGGAGAUUAUCAAGGAUUUCCGCAAGUGCAACUUCCAGGAGAUGUUCAACUACUUCCAAGCGGAGUCCGAAAAGCGCAAGGCAGCCAGCAAGGAGGAGAAGCUGAUCAAGAAGAACGAAAACGAGGCGCUGAUGAAGGAAUUCGGAUUCUGCAUGAUUGAUGGGCACAAGGAGAAGAUCGGUAACUUCCGCCUGGAGCCGCCAGGCCUGUUCCGCGGUCGUGGCGAGCAUCCCAAAAUGGGCAUGAUCAAGCGGCGCAUCCAAGCCAGCGAUGUGUCCAUUAACUGUGGCAAAGAUUCAAAGGUGCCUUCACCGCCGCCCGGAUCUCGCUGGAAGGAGGUGCGCCACGACAACACGGUCACCUGGCUGGCCUCCUGGAUCGAGAAUGUGCAGGGACAGGUCAAGUACAUCAUGUUGAAUCCCUCCUCGAAACUCAAGGGCGAGAAGGAUCACAUUAAGUACGAGACGGCGCGACGCCUGGACAAGGUAAUCGAUAAGAUACGUGCCACCUAUCGCGACGAGUGGAAGUCCAAGGAGAUGAGGGUUCGCCAGCGAGCGGUGGCCCUUUACUUCAUCGACAAACUGGCGCUGAGAGCAGGCAACGAAAAGGACGAGGAUCAGGCCGAUACCGUGGGCUGUUGCUCGCUACGCGUGGAGCAUGUCCAGCUCCACAAGGAACUGAACGGAAAGGAGAACGUGGUGGUCUUUGAUUUCCCCGGUAAGGACUCCAUUCGGUAUUACAACGAGGUUGAGGUGGAGAAGCGCGUCUUUAAGAACCUCGAACUGUUCAUGGAGCACAAGAAGGAGGGCGACGACCUCUUCGAUCGUCUCAACACGCAGGUGCUUAAUGAGCAUCUCAAGGAGCUGAUGGAAGGUCUCACGGCCAAGGUAUUCCGUACGUACAACGCAUCGAAAACACUGCAAAGUCAGCUGGAUCUGUUGACCGAUCCGAGCGCCACGGUACCGGAAAAGCUGUUGGCCUACAAUCGCGCCAACCGUGCCGUGGCCAUCCUCUGUAACCAUCAGCGUUCCGUGCCCAAGAGCCACGAGAAGUCAAUGGAGAAUCUGAAGGAGAAGAUCAAGGCCAAGCGGGAAGCCAUCGAAAAAUGCGAGUCCGAGUAUCAUUCGAGAGACGAGAAGAAGGGCAAACAGCUGGAGCGCCUAAGGGAUCAGCUGAAGAAACUAGAACUACAAGAGACUGAUAGAGACGAGAAUAAGACCAUUGCCCUGGGCACAUCUAAGCUAAACUAUCUUGAUCCACGCAUAUCGGUGGCUUGGUGUAAAAAGCAUGACGUGCCGAUUGAGAAGAUAUUCAACAAAACGCAAAGAACCAAAUUUCUGUGGGCCGUUCAUAUGGCCGAUGAGAAUUAUCGUUUCUAAAUGGGUUCUCCUCACAGCCACGCCUAGACACAAACACACAAGUACGCCGACCCUUCCUCCACCCACCACCACCCCUUCAGACACACACACAAACACACACUCGCACCCGAUCGAAGAAGAUGUAACAACAAACCACACCCACCACAAGGCCGGUUUAUAAAUAGAUUCCAUGCCAAUCCCGCCAUUGUUUGGUCCACAGUUUAUGCAAUUGAUAGUGCAUAUGUCCAGCUUUCGGCCAACGCAAUGGGGGAUUGUUAGCCAAAAUGAGCGGGACGGAAUGCUGCACUACAUCGUAGUCGUGGAACCGCUUGUACGCGUCCGUUUUGUCUGCUUUGAAUGGGAUUAAUGGGAUCAAGUGCAUACUACGCCGAAGUCUAACUUGCGAAAUGUGCACACCCAAACACAAGCUAAUCCAAUAUAUGUCAGUUUUAUUCAUUAAAGGCAAGAGGAGAUGUGAAACCUGGGCAAGACGUCGCCGCCACCUAAAAACAAAUCAGGAGCAUAAUUUUCUAUGUCUCUACAAAAGAACUUUUUUGUCAAGAUACCCUUAUACUUCAUAAUUUUACAUAUAAAACAUAUAUACAUAUAUAUAUUUAUAUUUAUGUAUAUAAUAAUAUUUGUGUAUAUAUUUUUAUUUUUAAUAUAAUACAUACAUUUACAUAAAUAUAUAUAUAUAGAUAUAUAUAUAUAUAUAAAAAUAUAGAUGUAUAUAUAUAUCUAUAUAUAUAUAUAUAUAUUUAAUAGCAAAAGCAAACGAAAAUUAUACAAUUUAAAACGCAAUUUUUUUUAUGUUUACCUAUAGUUGAUUUUGUUUAGCGAAAACAAAAAACAAAAACAAAAACAGGCAUUUGUACAUAACAAGCCAGCAAUUAGUUACCAAAUUAGAUAUUAACUAAAUUAAGAUAUAAUAACAUUGUAAAUAAAUAUAGCUGUAAGCCCCGUAGCUAAUGCUAUACUAUCUAAGUUAGUCUAGUUUUGUAAACUAUUCUAUCUAUCAUAAUAAUAAUAAUAAUUUGUAUAAGUGCAAACUGAACAGAGAAACCUUGUAGCCCAACUUUUAGCAUAGCAUAAUUUAUUCAAUUCAACUCUGAAGCAGCGCUAUUUGUCGACCGACCGCCCCCGAAAAUGAAGAACAAAGCCACAUUGGAUGGAUCUCGAUGUGGUUUCGCUUUGAUUUCGUACCUUAUGAUCAUUUUAGUUAACAUUUCGAAAUAUACAAAUGCUAAAUUGAUUUGCAGACAGACCCUUAACUUUCUAUACUCUAAGCAGACAGGUUUCAAGUUCUCAACCGCAAACCAAGCCGCCAUCACACUGAAAACCAAUUGCAGAUACAAAUCAAACGAGCAAUUCAAAUAACUCGAUGAACCAAAACAGAAACACAGCCAGCAAACCAGUCGCAGCGAAAGAAAGAACUUUAAUCUGAAAGAAAGGAACUUUAUACAUAUAGAAUCUAUAGAAGUAUGUGCAAUUAAGUGAGCUAAAACUAUACCUUAAACCUUGUAAAAAUCGAGCCUUCACUUGAAUCCUUCAGUCGACGAGAGCAGUGGAUUCAGGUGGAGUUAGGAACAUCCCCAACAUCCAUGUGCCCCAAUCCCAUCAGCUACGAUUAUGGCCGUACUUUUAACUAAGCAAAUCGAUGGAAAUUUAUAUCUCGCCUCACGCCCCCCCUAGCAUAAAUGGCAAACGCGCAUUGCAAAUGAAGAGCGAACGAUCUUUAUAUACAUACAUAUAAACACACACACACACACGCCCAAACACAUAUUAUAAUUAGUGAUUGAUAUAAUGUGAACGCAAACAUCUGUGUGCGUUUGUCGUGGAUUCGCAUACGGAAGCGGGAGAAUGCUUUUAAAAGGCAAAAAAAAAAGUUAAAUAAACUAAUUACGAACCCUUCUUCGAACGCCCAGCCCCGCCCCGCCCCGCCACAACACUCACAUAUAAACUUGGCAUAUUAUAAUAUUGAUAUAAGCAAACAAAAAACAACAAGCGAAAUGAUAAGAAACCCACUAUUUUAAAUCGAAAGCAAAGUAAAUGAAAAACAAAAUAGCAUAAGUGAAUGUAAUUGCAAUGGAAUGAUGCAAAUAUACAUAAAAUAUAUAUUUAAUUUUAAAAUC